AAAAUACACAGUUCUACCACAAAAGCGCAAGCAAAUCACGUACUCUUCUAAUCUGAUUUCAUGCAGCGCGCCGUUUGAUUAUAAUGGAUGACAGUAGCUGGCGCACACCAGCCCUAGCACGCUGCGUUAACAGCUGUCGUAAGUUAGCAGAUGCUGCUCAGUGCUGUGCUACAGUGGUUUCAGCAUCAGUUGAACACGGCAUCAAUUUAACAUUUUCUGUUAUGCAUGCUGUUAUUUCGCCCCUCCAGUAGGCGUAACGCAACGUGUUCGUCUUCUUCUUACCCAAUUCACAAACAAGACGUGCAUGUUGUUUUUUUUCGUUUUGUGUUAUUUUUGCUGUACAUUAAUUUCAUAAACACGUGCGUUAAACGCGUUUGAAAAUAGUUACGAAUGCGCCACAGCGCAACAUGGAUCAUCAUACAUACGCCAAGAGUGGAUCCAAGAAAUGUACGUAAAUGCGUAAAUGCACAAUUUACGGUUAGGGCCAGCACCAGCACAAAGCGCUGCACAGAGCAGAGCAGUAACAGCAAUUGUUGCUCUAAUUCUUUUCGUUUUGGCAUUACAGGGACGGCACAUGAGAAACGUUUACUUGUAACCAAGCGCAUUGAGUGCGAAGAGUUUUUUGCCAAAUAUUCAUCAAAACAGAUGGCGCCAUGGAAAAAAUUCAGAGACAUGGCAAGAAUAGGCGACUACAGUGAGCGCGCGUUACGGCGCCAAUGGCUGAACAUGGUGCAGCUUUAUCGCAUACAAAAGUCUAAAAUGGCAGCAUUGCCACUGAGCAAAGAGUGCAUCGAUGAGUUGAAUGAGGAGUGGGAAUUCUUUGGCGAUAUACACGCCUAUAUGAACCAAAAGACCAACGACUUGCACUCUUAUGCGCUGAAGCAGCCCAACCAAGAACAGCUGGAGCAGCUUAGCAGCAUACGAGCUCUUGUUAAUGACUAUUACUUUGGCGCACGUGCCAAGGUAAAGCAGGAGGAGGAGGAGCACGUGAAAAAGAAUCAGGCGGAUCAAACUGGAGAUCGAGAACCACCAUCGCCGCCAGCUGAGCAUGCUGCAUAUGAAACGGAAAGUACUCAUACUUAUACGGAUUCGGACUAUGAGGCCAGCUCGGAGCCCUCCGAUCCGGUGGCCAUUGAGGGCUCCGAUUUAUCUGAACUGGAGGAGGGUUCAUCUUUUCAUCUCAUGCUCAAUGCUGGCCUGAACGAACAGCCACCGCCAAGCUACAUAGCAUCAUCAACAGUCGCUACUUCCACAGCCGCUGCUGCUGGUGCUACAGCACCAAGAACAAGAAAGCGCAAGGCGUUAAGCGAGCGGGAGAAGUAUUACAGACAUCGCCGUCGCUAUGAUCAUCGCAUGGAGCAACGCAUCAGAGGUCUGUGUCAGGUGGCAGGCCAACUAAUUGAGCAACUGAUGCCGGGGAUUAGUGUUAUGCCGCUGCUAAAGAAUAUUUACAACAACGAGCAGUACAACUGUCCCAGUAGCUGUGAUGAGGAGGAUGCAAAUGAGGAUGAAGAAUUUGACGAGGACAAUUAGUGAGAGCGCAGUUUCAGUUACUAUAAUACAAUUUAACACACACACACAGACACAUACACUUGAGUACUUCAUUGGCUGUUAUAUACAUACAUACAUACAUAGAAUGAAACAAUCUAACAGAUAUAUCUAUAUACUAUAUACAUAUAUCUAUAUUGAGAGAAAGAAGAUGUGUCGAUAGAGAUACUUAUCGAUAGAUAGACAGGCGUUUAGAGUCGUCCAAUCGUACUGUAUUUGCAAGCAAAAGACUUGAGAAAGCAACAAACGCUAGACAAACUACACAACUCUAGGUAGUUGCAGAACUAAUUUGUAUCUGGCGAAUAUGAAAAGCGUUAAGCAUAUUAUUCUAGUUACACGCUAAUUGUUAAAAACGAGAAAAACAAAACAAAAAACUAUUAAAUUCAAAUAAAAACCAAGAACGCAGAAAAAGUGUUACAAAUCGAGAGAUAGUUAUAGUCAAUGUUGAAAUGUUUCAAGAACAAUUACUUGAGUUAUAUAAAUUCAUAUAUAUUGCAAAACUUUGCUAAUGGACUUUUCCUAUAAAACAUAAAUAAAUUACUUUUAAGCAAUCCAACGUGAUUGAGCAGAAACUUGCUGAUAAAAGUUGUCUGAAGACUAGUCUUGCUUACAAAACGUAACGAGUUGCGAUUUGAUUAGGAAAAAAUCUUGUGAAAUUGUGAACUUGCACAUGCAAAGUCAAGUCAAAAAGUAAAAAGAAACUUAAGAAUCUUUAUGUUUUAUAUAUAUUGUAAGAACGAGUGUUUAAAAAUUAAAGUUGUUUAAGGUUCUAUUGCUGUAACUAAUUGUAUGUGAAUCAAUCGACGACUAGAACGAACAAUUGGGAUCAAUAACAUUUAUUGUUGUGCGCUAUAUAUAAUAAUUAUUUUGUUGUUGUUCUUGCUUGUCUAUGAACGAACGAACGAACGAGCGAGUGAGCGCGAGUUGACGUAAUGCGGCAGCUCGUGUUUGGCAUUAAUUGUUAUUGCACUAUAGACAACAGAGCUGCGAUUUGGCUUUGCCAAACGCGAUUUCCGUUGCGUUGGCCAAAACUUGCGCCCAUAGAAGAAUAGAGUGUAUGUAUAUUGUUUGACUGGGAUUUGAUUAAAAGCAGCUGAUAAUGCAACACAAAUCACAAAUCAUAAGCGAAAAAAGAUAACACAAAUUGUAGUUUGUAGCAGAAAAGAAAACCGACAUGGGGGUGCGGAGACUAGAGCUAGAGCUAGAGCUAAGUAGUGAGCUGGAGUGAGGAAUAUAUUGGAUGUGUUGUUCGUGUUGGGCGUGUGUAUGGUAUGGUGGAGUAUGUGGAGUAGUACUUUGCUCUUGGUUAUUGAUAGUGGUAAAGCGUUUUAGGAGAUAGCUUGCCAUACAUACGCAUACGAGAGCGAGAGUAAGAGUUAGAGUGACAGACACGAGGCACGAGAGUAGCAACAAUCAAGCGCUGUGUGUGCUGUGGGAAUUGUG